AUGCAUACAUUACGUGUUGCAACAUUUGUCACUUCAUAUGACCAUAUCCCGACUGCUAGUAUUUGCCAACCUUCUCACUUCAUUUGGCACCACCAUUCCCGCACCGACGGUGGGCUGUUCCGAAGAGCAAGAAGAACUCCCGCACUCCUUCCCUUGCCCACACCGUCCGACCUAAUAUGGUGGAUGCCACCCAUCACCUACACAACCAUUAAAAAGUGCGUAUACCCACAACAUCACCACUCCAAAUCAACAACACAACAUUCUGCGUCGGUAAACAAUACUAAACUCACCCUUGCCCGUGAUGAUCUCUGGGAGGGUACUCAACCGAAUGCUUGUUCAUUGAAACCGAAUAAAUCGCUUACCGAUACCACGUUUCAGUCCACUUUUUUUAGUUACGUUCCCGAUGGAUCUCUUUUGCUAGGCUAUACUUUUUUUUGUCUGGAAGAUGUUGUUAGGUCAAUUCCAAAUAGGAACAUGUUUAAUUGUCCUGGUAAAUGGUAA